CGAACGGUCGUGGCCUUGGAAGGAGCGGCAGGCUGCUACGUCAUCGAGCAUGACGCGUGAGAUGCCGAAUCGAGGUCCCCGGUUGCUUGGCCAGUCAAAAGGCAGGAGCGAGUGUCACCCCAGACUGUCCUUUUGGACUAGGAAAACGCUUGGCCUCGCCAUCAGGGCCCGUGUGCUAGGAUCAGGAGUUAGGGGUACCUGCCAAUUUCAACAACGACGGGACGCAGACGCGCUGCCAUCGCGCGCCGUGCGUUGCAUCUCGAAAUUGACAUCGUUCGGUCCAAAAAAGCCAAAGCCCGUCACGUCACCUCUCUUUGUUCACAACUCUCGGCCCUGACGCGACGGGUUUCAGCCUCAGAUUGUCUGUGAUUUGCGUGGCUUUUUUCCCCUCUGGGACCCAGCAUGCCGAUCGUUGCUCGAUGCGGGAAGGCACAUUUCGAUACGUCCACAUCGAUAAUACAGAAAAACCACAGUAUUUCCAUUUCCGCAUACAGGCGCUUGUCG